AUGAACCGACGCGACAUAAAGAAUAAAAAUAAAAUUGCCGAUACCGAUGCUGGCGCCGACAACGAGUUACAGCCACUACAAGGAUUCUCUGAAGGAGGUUUUAACUCAAAUGGAUUGAAUAAUAAGUUUGGAGCAGAAAACAGUAACGGACGACCACCUCGAGACCGAAAUGUAGCUGUUUGUUCACAGAAGCGAGCUUUGCUUGUUACCGCCACCGUCCUAGGAGCUCUUUUAGGAAUAGCUCUUCUUAUAGCAUAUGCCGGUCCACAAGAUUGCCCGUGUGCGGGUAAAAUGCCAAAAGGUUACGUCCUUGACGGCUACAACAGUUCAGAAAAGUUCGAGCCCUAUGCCACUAAUGGUCAACUAUUUCCGUGGCUCUUGCCAUUCCUGCCAAGCAACAUUCGCCCAAAUCGUUAUACGAUUCUCAUCCAUCCCAACCUCACUACUUUUGAAGUUAAAGGUCAAGUGUCCAUUGAGUUUUAUGUUGAGAAAGAAAUGAGCUUUAUUGUUUUGCACGCACAGAAUCUCAAUAUCACUGAAAAAGCACUCGUGGGUCCAAAAGGCUUCUCAUUGAAAAUAAAUCGAAUGCUUGAAUAUCCACAGAGACAACAAAUCUACAUAGAAUUUCGUGAUAAGUUGCGUCGAAAGUCAAACUAUUCAUUAAAUCUUCGUUGGUACUCGAAAUUAAGUUCUGAUCCGGAAGGAUUUUAUGUGGACGAGUACGACACCGAUGGAAUGAAGAAACUUUUGGCAGCAACAAUUCUUGGCCCUGGAAAAGCGAGAAAAGCUUUUCCAUGUUUUGACGAGCCACAUUUGAGAGCCAAUUUUAAAAUAUCAUUAUUCAGAGAUCGAUUUCACAUUGGAUUAUCAAACUCGAUUGUUCAUGCGACAGACGAUGUUGGAUUUUAUAUGGGAAAGUCCUUGUUGCGCGAUGAUUUCGUUGAAACACCCCCGCUAUCACCCGAUGCUAUAUCUUGGGUUAUCAGCGUUUUCAAACGAGAAUUCCUUGAAAGUUCUGCUACAUAUCAUGCCACUCCUACUUCAACAGCAAUACCAAUUCAAUCAUUAACCUCAGCUACGAAAAUAUCUGAAAACCUUAUAAGCAGUGAUAAGAUGUUAAGACGAAAUAUGUCAUCAAUCUUAAAGAAGGGAUUGAUAAUCAAGAUGGCAAAUUUAAAUCAUGAUGAACACACGCAAGCACCAGUGACACAGCGAAGUGAAAGUUUGACACGUGACAACGACAAUCAUUCGUCAACACCUGAAGACGGAGUGAUUAGAUCAGCUCCAUCUUACACAUUCUAUGCACCUGAAGACGUUUUACCUAAGACAAGAUUCAUUCUUCACACAUCACGAGACAUUUUGGAACAUUUACAAUUGUGGUUGAAUGUUCCUUAUCCAUUUUCAAAGCUUGACUUUGUUGCUUUGCCGUCGAUUGAAGAAAAUUUACAAAGCUCUUUGGGAUUAAUUUCGUGUAAAACAUCAUUUUUGAGAGACGCAAAUACUGUCACAUCGUACGAGAAUCAAGGUUCAGCUAUUGAAAUAUCUGAAGCGAUUCUUAAGCAGUAUUUCGGUGGAUUAAUUUCACCUAAGACUUGGAAGCAAAAUUGGUUAUGGGAUGGAACAAUUAGAUAUUUGAGUCGAUUAGUUUUAACACCUUUGCAGCCUUUAUGGCAGAUUGGUGAAAAAUAUUUAUUGGAGACAAAAUUACGAGCUUUGGAUAUUGACGUGUUGCAAGGAUGGGAAAGUGUUCUGAAUGGAACUGACGACAUGGGUGAAAACAACGAAUUUUACAUCGAUAAAUCAGCAGCGAUUUUGGAAGUUUUACACUCAGCUAUGGGUGAAGAAAACUUCCGACUUUGCAUGGGUGCGUUCAUCACUAAUUAUAAGUACAUGACAGCUGAACCAAAUGAUUUGUGGCAUAUUUGUUCGAAGAAAGCAAAUGGUUCGAAGAAUAUUCGUGAAAUGAUGCACCUGUGGACAUCACAACCAGGAUUUCCAUUAAUAAUCGUUAAUAAAACGAAUAUGACCGUGUCGAUAAACCAGAAGCGAUUUAAACUGUCGGAAUUUUCUGCUGUUCUUGAAGAUCCAUCAUUUGAUGAGAAUGCUACGGAAACGACAACAAUUCCAACAACAACGACGACAUUAUCAGCGAAGGAAGCUAAAAAGAAAGCAAGUAAAUGGACGUUCCCCAUUCAAUACAUGACAAGUAAUAAGGAUUUGAAGGACACAAUUUGGAUCGAUUCGGUCGAUUCAAAAUUCAACUUGAGAGAGAACGUGAAAUGGAUAAAAUUGAAUGCCGAGCAACGAGGUUAUUAUCGUGUGCUUUAUGAUAAAGCCAACUGGGACGAACUCAUAAUUCAACUCAGAAUGGAUCACACGACAUUCUCACCCAAGGAUCGAAUGGGAUUGAUUUCAGAUUCAUUUGCGCUUUGUCAUAGUAAUCACUUGGAUUGUAGUGUCACGUUGAAUCUCACUUCAUAUCUACCAAAGGAGAAGAAUUGGGGACCAAUGACGGUCGCAUUGAGGCACUUUGAGAAAUGGAGAAAGAUUUUAAAAUACACGGAAUGUUAUCUUCUUCUUACCGAAUACAUGAAAACAAUGCUAACAAAGUCAGUGACACAAAUUGGAUGGUCUGACAAAGGCUCGGAUGAACUUCGCUUAAUUCGACCACAAAUUUUACUCGCUUCGGUGCUUUGGGAACAACCAGAAUCGAUUAGAGAAUCGAAGCUUAUUUUGCAAUCACAUUUAUUUAAUGCGACUGUCAUUCCGCCAAAUUUACGAGAAGUCACGUAUGUUGGUGCUGUUUUAUCAGGCGAUUUGAUAUUCUGGCAAUAUUGUUAUGAACGUUACACUCAACUACGUCGUGACAAAGACAAUUUAGAUGAAAGAAUUGAAUUAUUGAAAGCAUUGGGUGUCACUAAAGAUGCAUGGCUUCAGAAUCGUUUGCUCACAUAUGUCAUGACAUUGCCAUCUGCUGAAAUAACUCCCACAUUGGAAGCCAUUGCAAGCACUCCAACAGGUGGUGCAAUGGCUUGUCGAUUCUUGCAAGCAAAAUGGUUUGACUUACAAAAACGUUUUGGCAGGGGAAGCAUAAACUUUGCAAAAGUGAUAUCAGCUAUAACAAAAUAUGGUGCAAAUAAAUUUGAUUUUGACGAGUUAAAAUCUCUGGUGGAUCGUUUUGGUGACGGUCCAGGCAUGCAACUUUUGAUAAUGACUUUACGCACUGUAGCAGCAAAUGUUGAAUGGAUUAGUCGAUCGCAUAGCACAAUUUAUAACUGGGUAGAAGGAAACUAUUCUUAAGUUUAGUGAAUAAUUUUUUUGCAGCAAUUUUAGUGAAAAAGCAAACUGAAAAAAAGUAUUUUCAACAUAUCUUCGCGGUCGUAAAUUUAUGCUUGCGAGGGUGGAGAAAGCUUUGGCCUUGUUCAAAAAUUGGUGUGCUUUUAUCAUGAACAAAAUGAGAAUAAGAAAAAAAAGUUUACAUGCUUAGAUAAACCAAUUCGUAAUCUGAUUUAAUUUCUAGUCAUGCUGCCAGUGUGUACCUGUUUCUUGAUUUAAUAGAGUCGUCGAUCGAAAAUAAAUUUGAACAGUCCACUAAGAAGUUUCAAGUCAAAUUCAUACUGCAAAUUUUCUGCUGAAAUUCAAAUUAAUAGUCGCAUAAUUUUCAAUUUCCGCAAAUAUUUAUUUUAAAUGCUGUUAAAUUUUUACACUCUCAUAAACCACAAGCAUAAUCUGAAACAUAUUUUUUUAUCUCUAUACAAUAUUAAUCUGAAUGCAUAAAACAUAAAGUGACAUGAAAGAAAUUUUCAUUUUUAUUGGAUUCGUAAAUAUUGUGAUUCCUUGUACAUUCAAAAUAUUUUAAACAUUUCAAAUUUGUCAUUGUCACUUUAUUAAAAAAUGGUUGCUGUUGGUUUAAAUAGUCAAAUUGAUCACUAAAAUCUACUUAACCAGAAUAAUAUCAUCCGAUCCACAUUAAUUAGUCGUAAAUUAUUUCGAAUAUCUACUUCUUUAAUUUAGAGAAGUUUGAUCUCUAAUACAAAGUUUGUUUUAUGUAAAUACUACUAAUAAGUCAUUCCUAUGUUUUGAUUGCCUAAACAGUAUUGAAAAGUGUGAUCAUUUGAUGAAUGAAGAUGGAAAAAGUGUUUUUGCAGUAUUUGUUUGUUAGAAUUUUAAAUAUUUUGAAGACGUUUAAUUAUAACUUUUAAAAAAUUAAUCAAGCAACAAACAUUUAAAUAAAAAUAUGAAUGCAUUUGUUACUCAAUUCAAUUCACUAAUAAUGCAAAUAUAUAAUUGAUUUCAAAUAAUCUUUUUCAUUAGUCACUUGAUGUACAUAAAUGUAUCAUAAUGGAAGAACAAGAACAUUUUAACUAGUCAAUAAUUAAAAAAGAGACUUUCAAAUAGCUUUAGUUUCUGAUUAAACAAUCUUCCAUUCUGUUAAUUAUUGGAUUCCAAUCAGAUGUAACAAAUUUCCACACAGUGAAUUUGAUUGAUUGAAAAAUAGUCCAUGAAAGGAAAUCAUAAGUUCGAGUUGAUUGAACAAAUAAUUUUUAUCUUAAAAUGACAAUUAAAUCGGGUUUCAGUCCAUUAAUGUGACUUUUAAUUUAUGUUCUUUUGAAGUAAUUGAAAAAUCUAAUAAGAAUCAUAAGUAGAUGUAAUAACAUGAAAUAAAAUCAUCCUUUUGUAAAAUUAAUAUUUUCUAAUAAAAUCAAUCUUAUAAACCA